AUGAGCGCCUCCACCGAUGAUCCCUUCGACGUCUUCGAAGGUCCGGCGAGCGAUCCUUUCGACGUCCUUGGGGUUCCAGCAGCUCCAGCAGCGCUGUCUUCCGGCGAGUUGCCGACCCGCCCAAAGCGGCCGCGGCCGUCGCCGGUCUUGCCUCUUGUGCAGCGCUUCGUCUCGCAGCAUGCGCGCACGACGUGCGCCGACCUCGAGGCGGCCGGCGACUCGUCGCUGGCGUUGCUGCUCUCCGAGGCUGCCGGCCACCUCUCUGCCGAUCCGCCUGCGACGGAGCGCUGCCGUGAGGUGGCGGAGCGGGCGUCGGCUUCCGCGUGGGUUCUUCUCUGCGCGAGCCGGCACGCCGCGGGCGACGCCUCCGCCGCGCUGCGCAGCCUCGACCGCGCCUUCAUCGUCGGCGGCGAGACGCAGCUCCAUCGCGACUGCGUUGAGCUCCUCGAGGAAGAGGCGACGCCGCAGCGCGCAGAGCCCAAGCCGCCGCUGCCCUCACGAGGGCUACACUCGACGGCGGGCGGCGGCGAGGCGCGGACUGGCUACCUUGCGCAGCACCCGCUCUUUGAGCAGAUCCCGCGGCUGCGGCGUGACUUUCGCGUGCCGGAGCUCUGCACGGCGGGCGGCGGCUCCGGGACGGUGACGCCGCUCCACUUCGACUCGUACGACAACGUGGUCGGCUACAAGCGGGUCGUCCUCUUCCCCGCCGAGCAGACAAAGUGGCUCUACCCAAAGGAGGCGGGCGGCGGCGGCGUCGACGCGCAGGGCAACGUGAGCGCCGUCGACGCGCCCGACCUCGAGCGGUUCCCCGACUAUGCGCGCGCCGCGGGCCUCGAGGCCGUCCUCGGGCCGGGGGACGGGCUGUACAUCCCGGCGGGCUGCUGGCACCACGUGAGGAGCCUCACCGCGGCCUUCUCGGUGAGCUUUUGGUUCUGA